CUCUCUGUACUCAAGCUCGCGCCACUCUCUCCUUUUGCACUGAAUCCUUAAACCCUUAACGAAUACUCUCACAGUUUUAUUUCAUUUCUUAUUCUUCAUUCUCUUGUUUCAACUCCCAACUCUUCUCUCUCAUUUCAAAUUAUGAUUCUUCCACUUCUCCUAUUCUCCUUUCUCACAAUGGCCACUGCCACCGAUGACGAAUCAAUCUACCAGAUCCUCAAGGAACACGGCCUUCCCAUGGGCCUACUUCCCAAAGGGAUCAGCCAGUUCACCUUCGACAAUACGGGGCGAUUCGAGGUCUUCUUGGAUCAAGCUUGCAAUGCCAAAUUUGAAAGCGAAUUGCGCUAUGAUAAAAACGUUUCCGGCAGUUUAAGCUACGGUCAGAUCGGGUCCUUGUCGGGUAUUUCUGCCCAGGAGUUGUUCUUGUGGUUCCACAUCAAGGGAAUUCGGGUCGAUAUUCCCAGUUCGGGUCUUAUCUAUUUUGACGUUGGUGUUGUUUUUAAGCAGUUGUCGUUGUCUUUGUUUGAAACGCCUAGAGAUUGUGUGGCUGUACGGUCUGAUCAUGAUGGUGAUGUUCGAGAUGGGAAGCUUGUCGCUCAAACUCUGUUCAAGCUUGAUCAAGAAACUGUUGCAAGGGAUGUUAUUUAGAUGAUGGUGAAGAGAGUGGUUGACAUUUCGCACAAUAGCUCAAUUAGCUGGCCAUGGGUUCUCCAUUUCCCAUUCUAAAAGAGAAAGUGGUUAGAGGCUGCAUUAGCAGAUCCUAUGCUUCAAAUGUCUGUGGUUGCUUGCCUUUUCUAAUCCAUAUGAUCCGAAGUUUGCAGUCGAUGUGAGGAGACCAGUGAAUCUGAGGUUGAAAAUUAAAGGAGGCUUAUUCUUUGGAAGAUCAAGAGAUGAAUUUUUUUCUUUUAAUUUUGUAUGUUGAAUUCAUUCUAUUAUCAAGACAAGGGUGGAUGGUAUAUUGAGUCUCUUUUUCUAAUAUAAGUUUUAGGUUGAUCGAGGGACACAAAACUUGAUGAAGGACGAUAUAAGAAGUCAGACCGAAGAAUCAAAUAAUAAAGCUUGUUGCUUAAAUUCACAUGUAUCCUUCUUAUCUCAAGUUUUCUUUUGCUUUCUUAUUUGAUGCCACUAACAUGUUUUUGUGUUCAAAUUAUAUGUUGCGAUGGAUAUCAUUACCUAAUGGGAUAAUUAGAGGUAAUAGAUGAAUGGGAAACUUCAAAUUCAUUGUUGAAUUAGCAAUUAUUUUGUUCUUCCUCGACUGACUCUGUUUCCAUUAUUCAGAGAGUUUGAGCCAAUGGUUUGUGUAGUGAUUGUUAAGAAAGUGUUUCUGUUUAUGACGUGCUUUGAACACUUUCUUUAGCUUAUCCAUUUCUCUAUGUAUUGAUGUAUCGAUCAAUGCAAAAAGGGUAUGUAAAAAUGUGCUAAAUCUGAUGUUCUUAUAUGUCAAACACCUUCCCGUGGCCUUCCUUGGAUUGUUCUGUCCAGAUGUCCGGAUAGUUUUUUGUGCCGAUGUGAGCUCUUGCUGCUGUACCUAACUCCUUAAAAGCUUUAUCUUUGUCUUCUUAUUUUGGUAAUAUUCAAGUAUUCAACUCUAAAAUGUUGCCGUAUUUCAA